AUGGCCCAGGGGCAUAAUAUUCCCAGAUUCCCAGCCAUGUCCCAGCCCACACAGGCCCAGCUGGACCUAGCCGCCCUGGCAGGCUCUCCAUCGCCCCGGACGAUGCGGACGCUACGGAAGAUACAAUCGCAUCAGAUCCUCUCGUCUUCUCUGCUCGGCGGCCAGACAUCACUUCCUUCCACAGCACGAACGUCCGCCAACACCGAGGAGCUGUCGCAACAGGCACAGCUGGAAUCGCCCGUUCGGCUACGCACACACCGUCGGGCCAGAUCGAAUAGCGAUGCUGGUUCCGGCGAGCGACCCAUUUUACAGACGCAGAAACGGCCGGGGAGGAAGACGGGGUCCGGAUUCGGGGUUAAGCGAUCGGUUCUGGAGACUUUGCUGCGGGAUGGACCGCAGAACGGCGAUGUCCUCGAGGGACUGCAGGAACUGAGAUACCUUGUUUUGUCCACAAGGGUGGAAGCUGAUGGAGACGGCAUGUCGACAUACCGCAUUUAUUUAUGGCUCACGCUGCUCGAUAUCCCUCCCGUACCAACCGACGAAUACCUCUCCCUCAUCCACCGCGGCCGAUCCCCCGCGUAUACUAAAAUCCGCAAUGACACAUUCCGCACCCUGGCGACCGACCCCCUAUUCAAGCGCCGCGUCACCGAGGCCAGUCUGAUCCGACUCCUCAACGCCGUCGCAUGGAAGAUCCACGACGCAAAGACCAAGAAACGACCCAAAUCACGACCUUCAUCCUCCCGCCGACGCGAGAUGGAACUCCUGAUCAAUACCCCACCGAGCAUCGCCGAGGAGGAGCCGACGGACGAGAAUGGCGUCUCGAAGACCCCCAGUAGCAGCAGCGACGACCCGAUCAGCACCGACUCGGCCAUCUACGUGCAGGGCAUGAACGUGCUCUGCGCCCCCUUCCUCUACGCGGCCCGCAGCGAGGUCGAGGCCUAUGCGCUCUUCCACUACUUCAUCACCCGCGAAUGCCCCGGCUACAUCCGCGGCGCCAUGGACGGCGUCCACCGCGGCCUGCGGCUCGUCGAUCGCUGCCUGGAGAUCGUCGAGCCCAAGCUCGCCGCCUAUCUCUUCUCCAAGGGCAUGCCGGCCGAGCUGUACGCGUUUCCGUCCGUGCUCACCCUGUGCGCGUGCACCCCGCCGCUCCCCGAGGUGCUACACCUGUGGGACUUUCUGUUUGCGUAUGGUCCGCAUUUGAAUAUCCUGUGUAUCGUGGCGCAGCUGAUUCGGAUGAGAGAUACCAUCCUCGAGAGUCCAAGUCCCAACAAAAUCCUCCGGUCCUUCCCCCCGCUCGACGCCAAAGAAAUCAUCGCCCUGACCGUCCUGAUCGUCCGCAAGAUCCCUGAAUCCCUCUACGCCGAGCUGGUCGAUCAUGCCAAAUAA